CCAGGCUUAGAAAUCACUUGAUUUAACUCAGCAGCAUUUUUUUUUUUUUUUUUUUCCUUUGUGUAUGUAUUACUCUAGCAGUCGUCUCUAAAUACUCGGGACAUUAGACUUCAUGUCAGCAGAAGGAGUCGAUCAUUGCAAAACUGUAAUCUGUUAGAAAUAGUUACUUUACUGGAUUUUACACUAUAAGGGGGGAAGCUUCAAUGUGCUUUGAAAUGAAAGAAGAAUUAAGUUGUGUUUUUAUCCAAAUGAAUUGGCAUCUUUAUAUGUAGGAGAAGCUACAAGUUGGUAAAUACUUAUUUCAAGAAUCAUGACUAGGAAACACUUGGAAAUUUAUUAGAGAAGUAAAUGUUUUUCCAUGCAAGGACAGGAUCUGCCUGUACCUCUGUGGUUCCGGGUAUCGUGUGAAGACCAUUCUAGGUGACUGGCCGAGGGAAGGAAUACCCUACUGAUACUGGAGCCACAGCCGUACUGCCAGUACCAUGUCUACCAUACAAAGAAAGGGCGGCAGCCACCUGUUCAACAGUUUGCACACCUGUAGACUGAAGAUUCCAGAGGACCAGCUACAUCAAGAAAAAUCUGUCAUUGCUCAACCAAUAUUUGUUUUUGAAAAGAGAAAACAAACUUUUAAGAGACCUGCAGAAGACACCCUGUAUGAAGCAGCAGAACAUGAAUGUAAUGAUUCUUCAAGAAAGCGUGUCCGGUCUUCAUCUUUUACUUUGCAUACUACAGAUUCUCAGUCCCAAGGAGCAUCAACCUUGUCCCAGAAGCGACUAAGAUCAUCAUCCUUCACGGAUCUCCCGACCUUCCCCCCUUCUGGGCCAGUGAAGAAAAACAAUGUUUUUAUGACAUCAACUUUUGUGCAAAGGAAUGUUGAUAUGAACAGUGCAGAACAAGGUCCUGUGAAACAUUCUGAACAUGUUCUAAGACCUGCUAUCUUGCAGCCACCUCAAACUCAAAAGUGUAUAAAAGUAAGAAAAUCAUUUGGACACGAUGUGUUGGAAUCCUGCAAGAGUAGAGAAAAAAACAAAAAUAAGAUUUCUGAGGAGAACUCCUAUUUGCUAAGUGAAAAUUUACCAAGUGCCAGAAUUUCAGUCCAGCUGUCUACUAACCAGAAUUUUUUAGGUCCUACAUCAGUAGGAUGUCAACCAAAUGAAGAUAAGUAUUCUUUUAAAAGCUGCAGUUCUGAUUUCGUUUUUGGAGAAAACAUGGUAGAAAGAGUUUUGGGUACUCAAAAACUCACUCAGCCUCAACUUGAAAAUGAUUCAUACAUCAAGGAAAAACCAUUCAAAUUCACUUUAAAAUUUCCUAUCAACUCUCCAAACUCAAGAACAGACUCUCUUAAUAAUAUACCCCUAACUGAAUCAGCUGCUGCUUUCUCUUCUAAACCAUCACCAAAAUGUUUGCUGGAGAAAAUUGAUGUCAUAACCGGGGAGGAGACAGAACACAGUGUGUUAAAGAUCAACUGCAAGCUUUUUAUAUUCAACAAAACAACACAGUCCUGGAUUGAAAGGGGCAGAGGAGCUUUGAGACUGAAUGACACAGCAAGCAGUGAUUGUGGAACAUUCCAGUCAAGACUAAUUAUGCGCAAUCAAGGCAGCCUGAGGCUGAUUCUCAAUAGUAAACUCUGGGCUCAAAUGGAGAUUCAAAAAGCAAACCAUAAAAAUUUACGAAUAACAGCUACUGAUUUAGAAGACUAUAACAUCAAAGUGUUUUUAAUUCAGGCCAGUGCCAAAGACACAGGAAGUAUGCAUGCAGCAAUACAUCACCGUCUUGUUGCACUUCGGAGCUUCUAUAAGCAGAAAGAUGCAAAUCAAGCUGAAAGCCAGUCAGAAACAGUCCUCCAACAAUUUAACUGUGAUAGCUGUGACGAGGAUGAGGAUGAUUUUACCCAAGUUACUAAAACUAGAUCGGAUUCUUCUAGGUGGACCCACAAACAGUCGGUUGCCUGUUCAUGAGUGCUACCUACUAUAACCAUGACAACAUCUACAAAAAGAUCACCUUACUGAAAAACAUCUAAGCCAUCCUAAUAACUAAAUGAGAAGAUCCUAUUCAUUCCUGGAACAGUCUUUAUAGAAAAGUCCAAGAAAUAUAAUUUGCUGCAAUUAAAAUGUUUCUCUGUGUAGUAUAAUAAUUCUGAGGUUUUAUAUUUUGAUUAUUGUGGAGAAAAUGACAGAAUUUAAGAAACACAUGGCCUUUGGAAGUUCAAAAUUUUUCAUUUUUGAAGAAGUUAAUUUAGAAUAAGAUUUGGUAACUAAUUUGGACUGUUCAUCACAUUGAUGGAUACAAUAGUUAAAAUUAUAAAUUGCUGGAUUUGAUAAAUAUCUAAGAUAUUUAUUUUUUCAGUCAUAUAUUGUCUGGCCAUAAAACAAAUAUUUUACAAAACUUCCAGAGUCAUUUCUUUGAAAAAUAUUAUAACUGCAUGUUAACACGUUAUUAAAUCAUGUUUUUCUUCUGGGAAAUGUGUAUUUUCAUUUAAUCUUUGGACUUCCUAAUUCUAUAAUAUUAUAUAUUCAUGGUAUGAAUUCCUUUAAAGAGAAUAUCUGUUCUUGCACUUGUAUCUAUCGCACCUUGUAUAUGCUUGACUCACGGUCAGUAUCCAAUAUUUGUUGAAGGAAUGAACAAAAUACAUUACCUGUGUAUCAAAACAGUAACUAUACAAAAAGUGAAAUAUGUUAACUUGUUCUUUGCUUUAUUUAUGUAAUUAAAUUGCCAUUAAUAUUCUAGUAGGUGAGGCUGUUCAGAGACCUUUUAUAGCCAAAUGACUUUUUUUCUUAAAGGUAAGGUAUUUUAUUAAGGUAAAACACAGUAAUUUCAACAAUUGUGCAACAGAAUUUUGAUGUUCCUCUUUUGAGAUUUGUUUCAGAGACACUUCAGGAGUUACACAAGAAAAUUAGUCUCAGUACUUAUAGACAUAUUUCAGUUUUCAAUCCAGUAUGAUCACCCCAUGGCUUCAAAAUGACUUUUGAUUGUGACCCCUAUACAAUUCCCCUAUUAGAGGCAUCUUAAUGUGCUCAGGCUGCCAUAACAAAAUACCACAAAUUG